GCCAUCCUGGUGGAUCUGGAGCCUGGCACCAUAGACUCUGUCCGCUCCGGCCCCUUUGGGCAAAUCUUCAGACCAGACAACUUUGUUUUUGAGGUAUGGCUGUCAUCUGACACAUCUGCUGAAGACUCUCCUUCCAUACUAGCACAUGGACACAGCCGUCCUCCUCCAGCAGCAUGGGCUCCAGACUGAAACAAAACCCUGAGCAAACCUUCCACUGGUUCUUUGAAGCAAGUUGCCCGGUGGCCAGAGACAAAGAUCCUGGGGUGUUGUUCCAGUUUCCAGAGGACUUCAGUGACGAGGAAUCCUAUCAAACUUUGCCCCGGUUCUGUUUCCCAUAUGACGUACAAAGAGCGAGGGAGGCGGUGGCUGUGCAGCACUUUACGUUUGUCCUGACCGACCUUCAAGGAUGCCAGCGCUUCGGCUUCUGUCGUCUCACCAACAGCACACACACCUGUCUCUGCAUCCUCAGUUAUCUGCCGUGGUUUGAAGUGUUUUACAAACUUCUCAAUAACUUGGCGGAUUACCUCUCUAAAGGACAGACCAGCGAGGUGAAAGCCCUGCUGACGGCUCUCUACAGACAGCCUCUACCUCUGGCAGCUGGAUCGGUCACGCUGCAGAUGGGAGAGCAGGUACUGGUCAGCACAGAGGUGUCCUCUCCUGUUGGACACCCGGUGGAACAAGAGGGGGUUCCGUACUUCAUCGCCCCCGACCCCGGAAGUCUCCCAUCCAUCCCUGAAAAUAGGAACCUGACCGAGCUGAUCGUGGCGGUGGACGUGGGGAACCUGCUCCAGCUUUACGCCAGCAUGCUGUUCGAGAGACGCAUCCUCAUCUUCGCCAGCAAACUCAGCACACUGACAUCCUGUGUGCACGCACUCAGUGCUGUAUUAUAUCCCAUGUACUGGCAACACAUCUUCAUUCCUGUCCUACCACCUCACCUGCUGGACUACUGCUGUGCUCCCACUCCUUACCUAAUCGGAGUCCACAGCAGUUUAUCUGAGUGGGUGAGGAGUCGAGAGCUGGAGGAAGUUGUGAUCCUGAAUGUGGACAAUAACACGCUGGAAACCCCCUUCGACGACUUCAAGAGGAUCCCGUCAGAUGUGAUGUCUGGCCUGAAGGCCUGCUUGAAGCGGCAGGCCGUGUCGCGAGGCUGUGGCGUCUCUCGGGCCUUCCUGAAGGCUCAGGCUCUGCUGUUUGGAGGCUACAGAGACGCACUGCAGAGUGAGCAGGAUGAAGUCAGUUUCAGUGAAGAGCUCUUUCUGGAUCACAAGUCUUCCAGCAUGAAGCAGUUCCUCCAGAGCGCUGUUCACCUGCAGUUCUUCAAGCAGUUUAUCGACAGUCGCCUUGAUGUCCUGAACUCAGGGAAGGAACCACAAGACCUUUUUGAGGAGGAAAUACUAAGAUGCGAGGCAACAGCAGGAAGAAGUAAAUCUUAUCAACAGUUAGUUGGUAACCUCAAGAAAGGGGGAGGAGCUCUUAUCCUCAACAUGAAGUCCAAAGCAAACGUGAGGGCUAAAAGUCUUGCCAAAUCAGGUUUGAAGAAGCUGCUUCAUCACAAAGGGAGCGACGGGGAGCCCGAGCUUCAGAGAGGCGGGUCAGUGUCGCACCGCCGCGCCCAGUCCGACUGCUUACAGGACCGUCUGCCAAUCACACACCACUAUGGGAUGUCGCGUCCACGUCGGCCUUUUAGCAAAUCUAGGGCUCCCAGAGACAAAGACAACAUGAAGGACACUGGUGAUGCAUGGGAUGGAGCUGUCUCCAGUCUGGCUACUGACCCCGACUCUGAGCUUCGGGAGGACGAAGAAGAAGAAGAGGAGGAGGAAAACGCAUUAUUUUCUGACUCAGAGGAAAUGGAUCUUCUCGGAGAGAUCUUUGACAGUCUCAGUUCCCGGAGCUCCUACGACCGCGGCCUGCUGUACGGCACCCGCAGCCUGGAUCUGUUUGGUCCAGACAGCCACGACUAUAUCACAAAGCAUGGUACAGCCAACCCCAGCCAGGAGAGCCUGGCUCUGUCCAUCAGCGGCAGCCUCCACAGCUGGAACCUGGAAACAACAGAGGAAUUGUCCGACGUGACCGAGGACUCCGAUUGGCUGUGCCCGGACAGCAGCGUGCCGGAGGAGGGGACGGACGAUGUGCAGGCAGUAUGUGAAGAGGAAGAGCGAGAGCGGGGACAGAGGAAGGGCGGCGUGAAGUGGGAGGAAGCUAAUGGUAACCAAGAAGAACUGGAUCAGACAAACAACUUGAAGGAGGUCAACCUUGGACUGUCAGUCCAGGAAAAGAGAGGGAGCUUAGAAGACCUUGCUUUGAAUGGACUGAUGGAGAAGCAAGAGGACGAAUGGUUGAAAGACAAAAAGGGAAAUGAACACUGUGUGGAUGAAGAGGGAGGAGAGAUGGAACAAAAAGCCACUGAAAUGCAAAAGCAGAAGCCGGGUGAAGAUGGAACAGAGCCUACCGAGAAGAAGAGUGAAGAGGAGAGAGGAUCUGUAAGAAAUACCCAUCCUGCCAUUUCUGCUGAGGAGCAACCGGAGCAACCGGAGGCAGAGAGCGCGACCCCCUGUGAGCCGCCGAGUCCUGCUGCAGCAGGUCCGGGGGAAAAGAGUGAGGACGAGGAGAGGGAGAUGAGACAGACGCCUCCUCCUCCUAAAGUGCAAUCUGCCAAAGCACGCUUCCAGACUCAAGGACCCAGCCAAGGAGUCCCCAUAAACUCCAGGAUCAAGGCCUUGGCUGAACCCCGGAGGCCCAGCAACGCGUCGCAAAGCCCGGAGGGCGAAGAAAGUAACCCGCCCCGCGAUCUGGAGGCAGCGAGCCGCUCAGAGGCGUCCCCGGACCAAGACGGCCGACCGCCCGUCAAAGUGUCCGAGCUGAAGAAAAGAUUUGAGGCUUGAAGACUCAAACCGGGGAUCCUCUGUUUGUCUGCUGUGUUUUGUAGCCGUGCUCACAAUUACCGAGGCAAUUUAAUUUAUGAUGAAGUAAUUUCCUUCGUGAGCCAACCUCAUUUUAAUGGAGUGAAUGUUUCACAAACCUGAAAAAAAAAGGAAGUAUGGUAUUUGUUGUAUUUUGGUGUUUACAGUAACUUCAUCAUGAACUAAUUCCAUUUGCUAAUCUUUCAGACAA